AAUAUAAUUAUGACAUGAAAGUUUGCUCUCUUUAUUUGUAACUUCAUAUUGCUACAUGUAAAUAUAAAUAUACCUGAUGUUACUAAUAUCAUCAAAUAAGUACUGAAAUAAGGGGCUUUUUCUUUUUGGGGGAGUCCUGUUCUAAGUUUUUUUCUUGAUAAGAAAAUUUAUGGGAUUUUUAUGUGGUUUUUGUUUUAAUUGUUGAGAGAGAUGAGAAAGGUGUACAGUAGGCAAUGGGUUCUGCUAAGGCACUCGCAAAGAAAUCGUAAUAAUGUAAUGUCGAGAAAAGCUGUUUCAAUAUCAAUGCACCUUGGAGAAAGUUUUGCAAAUGCUUGAACUUUUGGCCAUUUGUCCAAGAGUGCUCAAGUCAUGAAACUUGUAAACAACCUUGUGAGAACUCCACAAAUGGUUGCCAAGAUGCAAGAGAAAUGAUCAAGGCAAGGGUUAUUGAAGAAAUAGUAGCAUUGAAUUCGGAAAUAACCGAUGAAACUGCAGCGCAGCUGUGAGGGCAUCUUCCCAAAAAUAAAGCACUUCUCGUAAUUGCUUGCUUGAUAGGCGAUGGUGAUGGAUCUCGAUUGGAUUCUGAUUGUAUGACUAAGACAGUUCUAUUCAAAGAAGGAAUCGGAGGAGAAGACACUGAGAUGGUGGAGGGUUCUGGAUUGAGCCCAAAGAUAUCCUGGAAGGAUAAACUUCUAGGAACCAAUUCUGGAGUGAUAGAUGAUGGUAAGUUGGGUCCUUCUAGUCUUGAUGCUGAUGAAGGUCUUGAAUUCUUAGAAGGAGACAUCCAUAGAUCUGUUGUUAAUGGUAUUCCUUCCAUUGACUUCUCUGAAAGGAUUCAAAAAAUUUUAGUCAAAGAGAUGGAACUGACUGUAAUAUUAAAAUUACUUGGAAGAAACAUUGGCUAUGGGGCACUUAAUAAUCGAAUUAGCAGUCUUUGGAACACUGCCAAACCAUUCUAUCUCAUGGAUAUUGAAAAUGGUUACUUUUUGGUUAAGUUCCAAACUUUCGACAAUUACACUAAAGUUCUGGCGCAGGGUCCUUGGAUGGUUUAUGGCCAAUACUUAACAGUUCAACCCUGGACAAAAGAGUUUUGUCCCUCGCAACCCUACCCAAGCUUAGUGUUAGCAUGGAUUAGACUGCCUGGUCUUCCAGGUUAUUUAUACAAGAAGAAAAUUAUCGAGGUAAUCGGAAGUACCAUUAGGAAAGUGGUUCGCUUGGACUUUAAUACUAAUAGUAGGACUAGAGGUAGGUUUGCCAGAAUAGUAGCUUACAUCAAUUUGGAUAAACCCUUGGUUGCUCAAGUUCUCGUGAAUGGAAGAAUUCAGAAAGUUGAAUAUGAAGCAUUGCCAACCAUCUGUUUUUCAUGUGGGAAGUAUGGACAUACCAAGGAACUCUAUAUUGUGAUGCAAUCGGAACCUAGACCAGAGGAGCAGAAGACGAGUGUUGAUCUAGUGGCAUUGGAGAAAAGAGAAGGUUCCGUUGCUUACAGACCAUGGAUGGUGGUCGAACGGAAAAGUAGGUGAAAUUCUCAAAAUAAUGCUCCUUUCAAAAUGGAGAAUAAGAAGAAAGGCAAAUCGGGUUCCAGAUUUGGCGCUUUGGCUAACUUGGAAGAUGUGUCCGAUUUAGGAAAGGAGCUGAUGUAAUCCAGUUUGGGUGGUUGAGUCGAAUUCACGUAGUUGCCCGAUCGUAGACGAGAAGAGUCAUUCGUGCCUCGGUUUUGGAAGUAGAAAUGAAUGGAUAGGUUUGACUAAGCGGAAGGUUUCAAAUAAAUGUAAGAAUAGUGAUAGGUUCGGCUAAGGGCAGCAAAGAUGGUUGUUGGAAAGGUGGUUCGAUUUUGGUGAUGAAAGAAAGAAUUUAGGAAAGUGGGGAUAGAUUAACGUCAGGAAUGAUUCAAUACUAAAAAGUGUCACCCCGGUUCCUAAAUUGGUAAGGUGGAAGGAUGGAAUAGAAGAUAGGUGAACGCCACACCAAGAAUGGUGAUAAGUUCAAACAAGGUCGAUUGAUGCCACUAGCACAAACUAGAUAAGUCUUUCGAAACUUGUACGAGAUAUGAGAGAAAGCAACCUCACAAGAACAAUGUUCAUUCAAUAAUUUGGCAAAAAUCCUUUUACAAAGAAAUGAGUAAACUAUUUAUAGACUAACAUGUAGUAGCUGAUUGGACACAUUGACUAACUUCAGGGCUAAGUAUUUCAGCUAUGAAUGCACUAGAAUAAUCUAGAACAAGUCUUUAAUUUGCUAGGGCUAGAUUCGGCUGAUGGGAGCUCCAUUGGGCAGCUUCAUGUAUAAGCAAAACACCUUGAAUGAAUGUGAAGCCUUAGAAGCUCAAUGGGUUGUCUAGGUUCGGCCAUGGGGUGCAUGAAGCUUCCAAGAGGUGUCUCUUGGCCGAAUAGGUGCAUAGAAACUCCAAAAGUCCUCCCACAUACAUUCGGCUAUGCAUGGAACUUGGAAGGGAGCUUGAAUCUGACUGUACAUGAACUUGCAUUAAAUACCAUGCAUACAUGCAUGUGUGCCAUCCAAAGGAGAUGUAUUCUUCAUAAUCCAAUGCAUGUAAUUAAUCUUCUAUGUACUUGAACUUA